UUUCUCUAAUAUAAUUAUAAUUAUUUUCAUGCUAGUCAUUUUUCUUUUGGCGCAACGGAGGCAAGGAAAAGGGUGCUCAUACUGGCAUGAUAUUUCAUCGCAUCCGGAAUGUCAUCAAACAGCUACCUGCAGAAAAACAUAAAUAUAAUCGAGGAACUAUGCCUGUAGAAGAGUCCGUUUCAACUGAACUUGUAGAGCGGGCUCAAUUGCUCCGAGUAAUGCUUGCAUCGGCAUCAGUAGCAGAACAUAUUUGUGAUGAAAUGGACCGAUGCUUUCCAGUCCUCAAACUGUUAUUAAAAGAAAAGAAACCCGUUAAUGAUAUCUUGGAUAUGUUUCCACACCUGUGUUCAUAUGAAGGAUUGGUGAUUCGUCAAAUGUUUGAGAGAUUGUAUCCUAACAGAACAGAAGGUCUCAAAAUCGAGGAUGUCUUCUCUCAGUGUCUAUCUUAUUCACCGUCCAGAUUCUCUAGAGUAGAAGAUGAUCACAUUCGAGGAUGCUUGAGAAUAAUUUCUCAUAUGCCAAUUCGCGGACAAAAAAGAACGCUGGUAGGCUGUCCAACUGUAGGCGAAGAACAUUCGGCUUCAAUUUUAAUUCGUUGGAUUGGGGUAAAUGCAAUAUAA